UUUCAGUAGGUGGCGGUAAUGCACACCAGAAGGUUGCUUGUCAACCGCCAUUAAACCAAAGAAGAAGAAGAAUUACUCGACACAAGCCUGGAAACCUCAGCACAUUUACUCCUAUCACUAACUGAAAGGUUGAUAGCGCGACCUCCUGUACUGUAGAAUGUAGUAUGGACCAUAGGACAGGACGAAGAAGUCCCGUUAAGAAGCUGUGGAGGCCUAAGAUGCUCUACUAGUCUGCUGGAAAUCCAAAGAAGACGAAGGAGUAAAAAGCAAAAUGGCGUUUGACAGAGAAGGCCUAAACGUGGCCACUGGCCAUUAUUGUUUCUCUAUUUGUAUUUAGUGCAUACAUGUACGCAUAUAUGUCGUGUAGUAGAUGAAACAUUGUUAGUCAUUGUUUGUAUCCGGAUACAUUAGUCUGAGCGCACUUUAUCGCGUCUUGUGCUAGCUUAGCUUAGCUUGUUAGCUGCUAACAAAGAGACGCGGACGUUAUCAACACAUCGCUAAGUAGAGAUCAAAUGUGAGUGUCAAGUGUUGUGAUUGUGUGAAAAUGUGCGAAAGAACGAUAGCAAAGUAUGAGGAGGAACUUUGUCCAACAAAAGAGGAGAAUGAGCGACAACAUCAACUACAGGACGCUGUUUUCAAGAAACAUCAAGUUGUGUUACACAGAACAGACGUCCAGCAGCCCCCCCACAUUAAAGAGGAAGAGGAGGAAUGUUGGAUGACUCAGGAGGAAGAGUGUCUUCUAGGGCAGGAGGAGGCUGAUCUCACCAAGUUUCCACUGACUGUUGUCUCUGUGAAGACUGAAGAGCAUGAAGACAAACCACCUGAGUCCUCACAGCUUCAUCACAGUCCAAACCUUGAUGAAGAAACUCUACCUCAUGAGCAGGAGGAGGAACCACAGUCCCCCCACAUACACGAGAAAGAAGAGGUGCCACAUUCACAACAUAUUAAAGAGGGAGGGAAGGAACCACAUCCCCCCCACAUUAAAGAGGAAGACGAGACGCCACAGACCCACAGUUUUAAACUGACCCUUUACAUGAAAGGGCAAGCGGAGGACCCACUGAUCUUACGCAUCAAAAAUGAAGAGGAGGACCCACUGACCGCUCACUUUAAGGAGCAAGAGAACCCACUGACCCCUCACAUUAAAGAGGAAGAGGAGAACCCACUGACCCCCUACUUUAAAGAGGAAGAGGAGGACCAAGAGCCGCCGCACAUUAAAGAAAUAGAGGAGGAACACAGCAUCAGUCAGGAAGGAGAUUAUAUUGAAGGACUGGUGCAGUUCCCAGUGACUGGUGUCCCUGUGAAGAGUGAAGAUGAUGAGGUCAAAGGUGAACGUGAGGACAAGAGAGAGGCGGAGCUUCCAAGCAGCAGCUCAACACAACACAUGACAACAGAAGCUGAUGGAGACCACUGUGGAGGAUCACAAGCAGACAAGCUCUUAGCUCCACUAUCAGAUAGUGAGGACACAACGUCACACUCUCCUGACACUGAUGAUGAAGACUCUAAAGAUGAUAAGACAUGUCACACUGACAACAAACGCUUCAAAUGUUCUCACUGUCACAAAACUUUUAAAAACCAUUGUUAUCUGAAAAGACACAUGAGAAUACACACUGGAGAAAAACCUUUUAUCUGUUCAAUCUGUGGUAAAGGUUUUGCUCAAAGUUCAUGUUUGGAAAAACACAGAAGAAUACACACUGGAGUAAAACCUUUUAUCUGUUCAAUCUGUAGUACAGGUUUUGUACUAAGGCACCAUUUGAAAAGUCACAUGAGAACACACACUGGUGAAAAACCUUUUCCUUGCUCAGAAUGUGGUAAAUGUUUUGUAACAAGUCCGAGUUUGAAGUUACACAUGAGAACACACACUGGAGAAAAACCCUUUUCUUGCUCAGAAUGUGGUAAAUGUUUUGUAACAAGUAAGAGUUUGAAAGUACACAUGAGAACACACACUAAAGAAAAACCUUUUACUUGCUCAGAGUGUGGUAAAUGUUUUGUGGCAAGUCAGAGUUUGAAAUUACACACGAGAACACACACUGGAGAAAAACCUUUUACUUGCUCAGAAUGUGGUAAAUGUUUUGUAAAAAGUCAUAGUUUGAAAGUACACAUGAGAACACACACUGGUGAAAAACCUUUUUCUUGUUCAGAAUGUGGUAAAUGUUUUGUAACAAGUCAGAGUAUGAAAUUACACAUGAUAACACACAGUGGAGAAAAGCCUUUUUGUUGCUCAGAAUGUGGUAAAUGUUUUGUAAAAAGUCAGAGUUUGAAAUCUCACAUGAGAGUACAUACCGGAGAAAAACCUUUUAUCUGUUCAAUCUGUGGUAUAGGUUUUGCACAAAGGUCAGGUGUGGACAAUCACAGAAGAAUACACACUGGAGUAAAACCUUUUAUCUGUUCAAUCUGUAGUAAAGGUUUUGUACAAAGUCACCAUUUGAAAAGACACACGAGAACACACACUGGUGAAAAACCCUAUAUCUGUUCAAUCUGUAGUAAAGAUUUUGUACAAAGUCAACAUUUGAAAGUACACAUGAGAACACACACUGAUGAACAAUCCAAACACACAGGACAGAAAGUGUUGAGUUGUGGUGUGUGUGGUGAAAGAUUCUCUUAUAAGUACCAGUGUAAGAAACACAAGUGUGCUGGUGAGAACUGCAGCGGAAAAUGAAACUGCAGGAUUUGAAAUAAACUGUCAAGACUUUAAUUUGGACUUUCUGACAUCAGCACAUAUAACGUGUGACAUUGUUGUUUGUGUAACAAUCUUUUUAAUAUGCUUCUACAUUUGUAGAUUAGAUAUUUCAUCUUAGUGCUUUUUUCAGUCAAGUACAUGCAUUAUGUAACAGUGUACUUUUACUAAAAAUUGAACAGAAUAAUUUGACUGAAAAGGUGAGAGUAAACAGACAUAUUUUACAUAAAAUAAACAUUUUAUGUGUGUAUAUAUAUUCAUAAUACAAUAUUCUUAUACAUAAUAUUGUUUUUUUUUCUAGGUGUUUGGAAUAUGGAAGUGUGACAUGUUUUUAUUUGUAAUUGUUAAUGAUGCCAUAGAUUAGCACCUUUUAUAUGAUAUACAUAUGUACUGGUUCACAUCUGAAACAUCUUCUGGACCAUUUCAGGAAGCAUAUUAUUAUUUACUUUAUACAUCAUUGGAAUAGUUGUCUUUUAUCCAUCCAUCCAUCCAUUUUCUACCGCUUGUUACAAUUUUAAAAUGUGUGACUUUAUGAAUCCCCCGCGACCCCGAAGGGAAUAAGCGGUAGAAAAUGGAUGGAUGGACUUUAUGAAUCAUUUGUUGGGUCUCUAUAAUCAAUUGUAUUAAUUAUCUUUAUCACUCUCUUUUGUAAUAUGAUGAUUGUGUUGUGAUUGUUUUAUAUGUAUGUCUCCUCUGCCUUUAUGCAAUAUUAAAAUGAGAGAAAAUGGCUGAA